GCCCUCUCCCCUCUCCCUUCUCAGUUCUCAGUUCUCAGUUCUCCCACCCUCUUCACCUCCCCUGUGUGAUAGGAAAGGGUAGAAGAAGAAGAGGGUAGCAGUAGAAGAGGAAGGCAAAGGAGACAGUGGGCGAGCACCAAUGGCUGUUGCUUCAUCCAUUUCUUCUCUCUUCUCCACUCUGAAACUCCAUUCCCACCCUUCAGAACCAAGUCUGUCGGCCUCCUCAAAACCCCAUUUCUAUCCCCUCAGAAGACCCACCUCCUCAAUUCCACCCUCCCGGUUGCAAGGCAGCCCCCAAUUACGCCUCCCACUCUCGAGAGCAAAAUCCUCAGACGAAGACGGCGUCGACACCUCCUUCUUCGAUGACGUGAAUCCGGAAGAAGAAGUCCCCUUUGAGCAGGUGGCCCCGCCGGAGGACUACGUCCCCUUUCCUUCCUUCGACGAGCUCCCCCCGGAGACUGAGGAGCAAAUCGCGGCUGCCUAUGAGGAGAUCUAUGGCCCCGCUUACAGUGGAAUGAGCAUUUUGGGUAAUGACAUCUACGUGAUGGACUCCAAGGUGAAGAAGACUUCUGGCUUCGGGUCGAAGAAGAAGAAGGAGAAGGUGAGAGACGGGUUCGAGGAGAGGGUGGUGCAGGUGAGGAGGGUUACUAAGGUUGUUAAAGGAGGAAAGCAGUUGUCCUUCCGGGCGAUCGUCAUCGUGGGCAAUAAGCAGGGCCAGGUCGGCGUCGGCGUCGGCAAGGCCAAGGAGGUUAUUUCCGCCGUCGAGAAGUCGGCCACGAACGCGAGGAGGAACCUUGUCACCGUGCCGAUGACCAAGAAUGCCACCUUCCCUCACAGAGCUGAUGGAGAUUAUGGUGCUGCAAAGGUUAUGCUGCGGCCUGCAUCACCUGGUACUGGCGUUAUUGCAGGUGGAGCUGUGCGAAUUGUGUUGGAAAUGGCAGGAGUUGAGAAUGCGCUAGGGAAGCAACUGGGCAGCAAGAAUCCACUCAACAAUGCCAGGGCGACGGUUGAAGCUGUCUCAAAGAUGAGGCAUUUCAAAGAUGUUGCAGCGGAACGUGGGAUCCCAGUGGAGGAGCUCUGGAAGUGAGAGACGCCCAGUUUUUGCAAAACCCAUUCUUGCCGUUCUCCUGGGCCUGGUUUGAUUUAGUUUGUUCAAUUUUUUGCUUCCUGUCUUACCAGAACACUGGCAUCUUUUACUUAAUUGUAAAUGCUGAUUGGCUUUGCUGCGUA